GGGAGAAAAUCUCUCUAGGGACCUGCAGUGGCCAGGAGAGCUCACUGACCUCCACGUGAUGUCAGAGGGAUGGGGUCCACCACAGGUCCUCCGUCUGCCUUCAAAGGAGGAGUUGUUUGAAGAUUUUAAGAGAAUCAGUGCCUUAAUCAUGGUGCUCAGCCCAGCCAGGAUCGCUCUGCCCCUCUAGAAGAGGCAGCGACAAAAAGCAAGCCGAGCAGCAUGCUGAAGGUCAGCAGAUCCGUGCUCUGACACAAGGCAGCACAGCUCCCAGUGCUGCAAGAUGUCCUGCCCAAAGCCCUUCAGCAGCUCCGUGUGCCCGGCUCUUGCUCAGACUGAGCAGCAUCCAGCUGCCGCAGCGUGAGGAGAGGGGACGUCACCUGCAGAAGGGACACAAAAUGUCAAGGCUGGGGAUAGCAAGGUGAGGGUACAUGACCACACUUCCAGGUCUCUGCCGCAGAAUACAAAUGUUGGUAUUUUUUGCUUGUUUAAAAAAGAAAAAAAAAAUAACAGCCUUAGGUUAGCUCAUGUGCUGGUACCUCUCUGUGCUGGGGACAAGGGCAGGGUGUCCAUGCAGUGCCACAUGUCCCACUGGUGGGAGAUAGGCCCUGCUCUGCUGUAGCAAUAGCCUGGGAACAACACGCCUUGGCUUUUAUGGACCAGCAACACAAUCUGAGAUGCCUCCUGCUACCAGAAGCACAUGUUCUCUCACCUGUUCUCACACUGAGAAAGGAGGCAAGUAGAUCCUGCUUCCAAAGCAUAAUCCCCGUGGUGUUUCUUCCUUGGGGGCUGUGGCACCUGCUUCGCGUCUGCGCACACCACCCAGCCGCAUCGUCCUGCUGUGACCUAAAUUCAUCCUGACCCGCCUCGACGGGACCCUCCUGGCCACCCGUUAACCUCCUGUCUACGUGGAUACCAGGAAACUGAGCACGGGGGUUUAUAGUUCAGUGGAAAGUUCUGCUGCUGUCUUAAAUCAUAAAGCACAGCUGCUGACACAGCACAAGCUGCAAAGCGAACAGAGCAUUUGUGCAAUCUGUGGUUUGGAGGCCGCCGGGACGAGAAUAAGCACAGCGUCUUGCAGCUCUGUUGGAGGGAGAAGGAAAGGACAGGCCAGAAGAGUAGAUUAAAACUCAUCAGAAUGCCAUUGUAAUACCCGGUGCAACACGAACACAGCCUGGCACUUCAAAGUCAGCCCACAAUUGAGGGAAAAUGGCAGCUGAGAUUCAAUGGCUGCAAAUGCAAAGCAAUGUGUGGGGAAAAAACAAAAAACUAACAACAGGCACCAAAUACAUAUGCACACGCACGGACUAAUGAGCCCUAAAUGAGCUAUUCUGAGCCGGGAGACGGAUCUUGGGCAUCUUUGUGGAGAGGGCUGUUCAGACACCACCCUGGUGGUGCCUUGCACACUUUGUUUUCUUCUUGUGCUGGCCUCGGGCCUCUGCCAGAGGCCUCUGUGAGGGACCAGGCCCGACCUAGAGGCCCUUUGGGGCUGGCCCAACACAGUUCCCCUACCCCUGCUGGGGGGACUCACGUCCCCAGGCUUCACAUGGAACUGGUGACAGCCAAGGGGACGCGGUGCCCAGGGGCAGCCCGCUCCCAAGGGUGAGCAGGCCAAGCUCCUCUGGAGACCAUGCCCCAUGGAGCAGAAGGGCCACCCUCGCGCUUCUUCUGCCCAUGGUCAUCUGUGGCCACUUAACAAAGUGGCCUUUGUUAAGAUUAAAUGAACGUAAAAGACCCUCAAAUGUCUUCGGUCUUCCCACCACCCCUUCUGCACAGCCGCCAGAGACACGCCAGCCGCAAAACGCCUGCGGAAGAGUUAAAGCGCUUUCCUCAGCGAAGCAGCCUGCAAUCUUCUUCUCCACCCAAUGGGACUCAAAUAACCUAAUUCUUGUUCUACAUUUGUAUGGGCUCUCCUUCCCCCAGCUCACCCCUGGAGAAAUGACAGCUAUGUGGUAAAUACAUGUAAUCAUGCCAGUCUGAUAGCUUCUCUUGUUCUCUGGCCAUUAAUUCAUCUCCCUGGGACUUAGGUGAACGUUUUGCAUCCCGCAGCAAAUUCAAAGAGCUGCCUUUAUUUUAAAAUCAACACGACAAUAAAAGCCUUUCUCCUUUCCCUCCUCAAAAUGCAAAUUUUUAGCUUCAAAAAUAUCCUGGCACACAGACAGCUGUUGCUGGCCGUGACCUUAUCUCAGGCCAAUGACAGAUUUCCCAUGCAUGAGAAGUCGCAGGGUUUAAAAAACCUCCUGACUGCCCUGUGCUGUGGCUGGGGCAGGUAACCGGCACUGGAGGAUGUGUUGGAGUGAUAGGACUCGGUGGGGCAGGCUGGUGGUUGGGCUUGAUCUUGAAGGUCUUUUCCAGCCAGAAUGACUCUGGGAUCCUAUGAGCAGCGCUUGCUGCAAGCAAAGCCUGCAUUUCGUGAUAAAAACACUAACAGAAAUCCCCCCUGGGAUAAAUGAGCAAAGAAAAAUGCGAGAAAGCCCUCCAAGAAGAAACGCCUUCUUCCUGAUGAUCGCUAUUUCUAGGAAAGCAGGAAAUUUCUGCAAAUUUUCUCAUCUCUCUGGACACGCGUUUUGGCAGGGCAGCCGUGACAGUGAUGGCAGAGCAGUGCUGGUGACUGUACGGGUGCCGGCCCAGGAGCAUCCAAGUGCACCAUUAAAAGAAAUAAAUUAUCAUCACGACCAUGGACAAACCGCAUCAGCUUCAUACCCAGCUCCCGUGACAGCACUCCCUUGGGGGCCUGCCCCACUCCAGCCCACGUUCAUGGCAUAAUGCAAGAAGCCAGGGGACGGCGGGGAGGAAAGGGUGCUGCAGGCCGGGGCUGGAGCCAGGCAAGGGAGCACUAAAGGCCAGCGGGCAGAUGGCGAAGCGGCGAGCAGAAAGUCACCACGGCCAUAAAUCUCGGGGAGCGGAGACGGGCAAGCCCCAGGUGGCUGGGCAAGCCUGCCCGGUGAGCCCAGCGGUGCCCAGGCCGCCCUGGGCCAGCGGCCGCGCGGGGUGGGACGGGGGCCAGUGAUAAAAUUAGAAAAGCGUUUCCCUGCCAGUCCCUUACGCGGGCUGCAGGAGCCGCUAACCCCUGCGGCACUGCCCUGUUUUGUUGGCUGGGGGAGCUGCUGGAAAAGCGGGAUUUUUCUGCAAAGCGCCAGCUCCCACUUGGUGCGCCUGCAGACAGCCGGUGGGGGAAUUAUUCAGAUGUCCUCUUCGGCGCCGGGCACUUCCCCUCACUCCCUCUGCCUGGUGUGCCCGAAAUGGCUGCUCAUGCACCCCGUUUCCAGCAGCUCUCCCCCCGCUGCACCAAGCUGCAGCUUCGCGGCAGCAAGCCACCUCCCUGGACAGCACUCAUUAUUAUUAUUUCUGUCCCUAAGCAUCCUUUAAGUUUCCACUGGGGGGACAGAAUCAGAAGGGAAAGCCUUUUAAGGAUUUCUGCCCGCUUGGGAAAGCGAAUCCCCCCCAAGCCAAGAGAGCUGCGAGGGGGAUUUGAGUGCAGGCAAGUGCUCAACGCCGAAAGGGCAGAGCGAGGGGAGGGGGAGCCCAGGGCACGCUCUGAAACCAGAGCCCCCAGCCGAAUCGCGGCUCCUUCCUCAGCUGUAGGAAGUUCACAGGGCUUGGCGUUGGCAGAGCACGGAUGGUGACCGAGCGGGGCAGCUCGGCGUGGCGGCAGCUCAGCGGUGGCCCUGCCGCGAUGGGUACCGUGGACCUGAAGGAAGGUCCCAGCACCGUGGUGAUCAACAUGAUGCUUAUCGUCCGCCCCGAGCAGAAAGGGCAGAGGGACAGACAGACAGACAGCGCAGGUUUACAGAGUGAUGGAAAUGGAAACAACAGACCGCAACCUGCACAGGGGAGAGACCUUAGUGGCCAGAAAGCCUCCGAGGAGCCCUACAAGCAGAAGCAAACCAUUACUUCGUAUACAAAUGAAGGAACCCAGGUGACGGUGGAGGUCCAUCCCAGGAACACCACCCCGCAGCUCUUCAAGAAGCUCUCCUUCAGGAAAGGUUCCCAGAGGCUGCCCAGCCUGAGAGGCCAGGACAACAAAGCUUUCGAAAGGCCCGAAGCCCCGCAGGCACCAAGUGGGAAAGACCUGCAUGCGUAUCCAUGGGACAAAUCCUCUUUGAAAUCCAUGCCACUAGAUCUGCAGCAAUUUGAGAAGCUGGAUGCCUACGCAUUAAAAGUGAACGUCAACAACAGCAUAGAGGAGCUUGUUCAAGCCCUGCUUAAACGAGCCCGGACCGACCUGGAGAAAGUCCGCGUCAUAUGGAUGUGGAUAUGCCAUCACAUAGAGUACGACGUAGUGGGCUUCCAUGACAAAAGCCAGCGGCUGUGCAGUCCCAUAGACGUGCUGCGGAGGGGGAAGAGCGUUUGUGAGGGAUACGCUGCGCUCUUUCAGCAAAUGUGCAGCAUCGCAGGAAUCCAGUGCAUGAAGCUAUCAGGAUACUCUAAGGGGUACGGGUACACGGUUGGGCAGGCCUUCGAGGGAGACUCCAACCAUGCCUGGAACGCCGUCUACCUGGAAGGAAGGUGGCACUUACUCGAUAGCACCUGGGGAAGCGGUAAUGUUGACACUUCUGACAAGUUCACCUUCAGAUACAACGAGUUUUAUUUUCUGACUCACCCAGCUCUGUUCAUUAACGAUCACUUCCCAGAUAACAGUAAUUGGCAGCUUCUCAAACCAGCUCUGACGCUGAAGGAAUUUGAGACUACCGUGAUGUACAACAGUGACUUCUACAAGCUGGGCCUGCUGGCUGUGCACCCAGAUACAGCCAUCAUCCAAACAGUCAAUGGAACCGCCACCAUAUCAGUGGAUUGCCGCUCUUCCACAUUAUUUACAUUUUCGCUGAAGGGAAGAGAAAAACAUGGCUUACUGACUUUGAGGAAACACGGAAUGAAGCUCGAGAUCUACCCACAGAGUACAGGGCGCCAGGAACUGGAGAUCUUUGCCAAGUCCUCCAACUCCCCAGAAGAUGUCUACAACCACGUGUUGCAGUAUGUUGUCGAGUGCAAGUCUGUGGACAAGAGCGUUCACUUCCCGAAGGACCUACACCAGCCCGUUGGACCAAGUUGGCUCUCAGAGCGCCAGGGGUUCCUGAGGCCGUCACAGCCCGACCCAGUCGUCCACACCAACGAUGGACGGUGCUCUUUCACCUUCACCCUGGGAAAGGACAUAAGCAUCUUACCCACGCUGCAGUCUGAUAACAGCGGCCUGACAGAGGACAGGAGAAGGCAGCACAUCAUGCAAAUCCAUCGUGGCAACCAAGUUGAGUUUCUGGUCCAUCUCCCCCAUGCAGGGAAAUUUGUUCUGAAAUUCUUUUCCAAGAAGAAGUCAGAUCCUGGCAAUUAUACCUACGUCUUCAACUACCUCAUCAGUUGCCUGAACAACGAAGUGAAGUGGCCGGCUUUCCCUCAGACCUAUAGCAACUGGGCGAACGACUACGAAAUACUGGAGCCACUCUCCGGGCUGCUGCCAGCCAACCGCAACGUGCAGUUUAAACUCAAAAUGCACGGGAUAUCAAAGGUGCUAGUUCAGGCCCAGGACACUCACACGCUGACCCUGAGCAGAGACGGCUUCUGGGAGGGAACCUGCAACACUGCCGGAUGCACAGAGUUGUUUGUUAUGGUGCAGGAGAACGCCAACCACAACUUCUACUCCCACGUCCUCAAGUACACGGUUGAGACCCCGUAGCAGCCCUUCCUUCACUCCAGCUCUCCUGCAGGAACCAACACGCCUGAAAACAAUACAGCUGUAAGAGAUCAUUAGCUCUCUCAAUCAAGUUCAUUCAUUUGACAAAUGCAGAGCAACAUCUGUGCGCUUUUGCGAGAUCAAGGGCUCAAAGGGGUACAAGGAGGCAGAAAAUCCUUUUAUGAAGGGAGCAGCAGUGGAAGAAAUUAGAUAAACCCCUCACCUAUGUUUCAGUAACAUCAUGCAGACUGACGUUUUGAUGGAAAUGACUGGCUAUCACAACGCAGCUCACGACACAUUAACAGUGAUGGCUAGUUUCCAAAUUAUGGACCAUAGGAGAAGUCUUAUCAUGGCUACUGAAGAGAAGAAUCCACCUAAUUUUGGGGCAGGAUGAAGGAAGUACCCUCUGUUUUUCAGCAGCAAUAUAGGACAUGAGGAAUUUCAGGAUAUUUAAAGCAGGCUUCUAUAUAACUUUAGUUGCAAAAUACAUCCCAGGAGAAAGAACUGUUAGGAAGGAGACACAAAGUGAAGUUUUCUUGUGCACUUCAUUGUCUUACAAAUUUAAGUGAUACUGCGAAAUGACUUCUUACACUGAAUCUUAAAUUCAACAAAAUAAUUUUUACCUUUUUAUAUUAGAGCAUUUGAAUUGUAAGCACUUUUUCUGUAAUGUUAGCACUGUAAUCGUAUCUCAAGCAUAGUGGUGUUUCUGUAAUUAAAACUACAGUAAAAGGAGAAUAAAGUUUUCAGAAAUCA